AUGGCCGCUAUAAGACAAAUUUGGGAAUUCAUGUUUAGUCCAUCUUUAUACAGUAUUUAUCGCGAUGGAUCCAUCCAGACCAUGUACGAAAUGAAUGGUUUUGAAAAAUUCGGUGGUCAAAUAAUACAUUCCUUCAUUAUUCUAUGGAAUAUAGGACUUUACACAUCUCCCUUGAUAGCUACAAUUUGCUACAAAAAGGGUUAUAUAGUAUUCGAAAGUUUAGCUUUAGUUACCAAAAUCCUAAUCGGUAUCGGAGUCAUUUUAUCAUCAUCAUAUUGCAUAAAAGGAUUGGGACGAUUAAAUAAUCCAACCUAUGUUAAAUUUUAUCAAGUAUUAACGCAAGCUAAAAAAUCAUUAAACAAAGAUACAAAGAAAGCUCUUAUGAAAUAUGAUUUUGAAUUUAGCGAAUGGCCUGUCGAAUUCAGAUGGAGUAGAUUUUAUGCAGAAAGUCCAACUUCUAGAAGUUCUGCUUAUGACACCAUAACUUCAAUACCUUGUCAGGUUCUUAGCUUUUUAGCAGCCAAAACAUUCGGAAUUAAAAUGGUUUAUCCAGGCUCUAUUCGCACAUUGCAAUAUUUUAUGUUUUCCGUUAUACUACGCGGAAGAGGAAAAUUAAUUGUCGAUUACAAUGCGGAAAGAUUUAAAUUAAGAACACGCGAUGACAACGAUAUUGAUACAAUAGUUAUUGAUAGGAGAGGAAAAACGCCCAAUGGUAACACUUUGGUCAUUUGUUGCGAGGGAAAUGCCGGAUUUUACGAACUCGGUAUAGCGAUGACACCCAUCGAAGGAAAUUAUUCCGUUUUGGGAUGGAAUCAUCCCGGUUUCGGCGGGAGCACGGGAAUUCCAUUUCCAUCCCAAGAACAAAAUGCAAUCGAUUGCGUGAUGCAAUUUUCAAUAAAUCAUUUGAAAUUUUCACCGGAUAAUAUUGUAUUAUUCGGUUGGAGUAUCGGCGGAUACUCGGCAUCUUGGGCGGCCAUGAAUUAUCCCGAUGUUAAAGGAGUGAUUUUAGAUGCAACAUUCGAUGAUAUUUUACCGUUGGCAAUACCGAGAAUGCCACAAUCGUGGGAACCAUUAGUCAAACGUACCAUUCGAGGUUAUAUUAAUUUAAAUCCAUGCGAACAAUUAACUAAAUACAAUGGCCCUGUGACUUUUAUCAGGAGAACAGAAGAUGAAAUUAUUUGUACGGAGCAGGGAAAUUUGUCGACGAAUAGAGGAAAUCAUUUGGUAUCGAAAUUUUUAAAAUAUAGAUAUCCGAAAAUAUUCGAUGAUAAACGACAGAAAAUAUUAAACGAAUGGUUAGCGUCGGAAAAUAUUCAACAGGUCGAUAAAGAAAAUUGUUCCAUAUUAUUAUAUUCGUACAUAACGGAAAAUUCAUCGUCUUAUCCGAUACAAUUGGGUGAAGAAUUUUCGGAUGAGCAAAAAAAUCACAUGACUCUGUAUCUGGUGGAUAUGUAUCUCAAAAGUUAUCGUUCAACUCAUUGCACUCCGCUACCGGUUAGCUUGUUUAGAAUACCUCAAACGCCCUCGUCCGACACGGGUUUUGUUAAACUUUAA